AGUAUGCCUCUUGUUGGACAAGUUUAAGUGAGAGCGUCUGUAAUUUAUCUGUAUGAGUUUACUUUACAACUGCGCCGCCAUUGCAGCCUAUAUCUGUGCGGUUGCUGAUAAAAGAGCCGACUCAACGCGAUAGCUGUGACCUGAAAUGACCUCGCUCCACUCCAGGACAGUCUGGGGGAUAUCCUGCUGAUGGAGGCUGAUCAUGGAUGAGGAGGUUGACCCUGACGGAGAUAAUGUGAACUCUGUCUUGGAUCAGGAGUCUUCAGAACUGUUUCGCAUCCUCAGUAGUCAGUCACCUGAAGUUAUAAUGCAGUUGUGCUGGAUGAUGCCCCGGGGCGCUGGUUGGAACACAAACCAUGUGGCCUCUUCUGCAUCAGGAACAACAGAAUACAUCACAGCCAUGUUGGAGUACUUCAGGUCGGCCAGCGCUGCAGUUUGUCGCAGCUUCCUUCAGAGCGUGUGUUUGUUGUGUGAAAACAUUCCCAUGCACCUGGAGUCUAGGCUCAUGUCAGUGGCUGGAUAUGGAAGUCUUGAUGCCCCACAAUGUCUGGCUGCAGAACCAGUAUCUCUGAGUAACCAAGUUUCUCUGAAGAAUUUAGGGCCCAGUGAAUCAAAUGAGAAGUCACCAUCGCCUCCUUCAGAGCAGCAGCUUAUCAAACGUCCACGGAUUGACUACUGGAAGCUGUACAUUGAUGCAGUGAUGAGUUUACUGUUGAGAAGAUGGGAGCAACUCAGUGAGCUCCUGGUUGGUGAGGUCCAUCUGGAGAAUGUGUGGGUCAGCCCUAGAGCAACAAACAGAGGCAGAGACAGACCUGAUCAAACCCCUGGAUCAUCAGACAGAGGAAGCAGAACACCAGAGCUGGAUGUGGAUUAUGUGUCCGUGGAGGCCAAAGUGACGUUGGAGACCUUCCUCCAGGGAUGUGCAGGAAAGGUGACAGUUCUCCUUGGCCAGGCUGGAUCAGGAAAAACUGUGCUGAUGUCAUGUUUAGGACAGUUGUGGGCUCAUGGUCUAGGCCCUAUCCCUUCAUCCACCCUCUUUGUCCUGCUUGAGUUUAGACGGCUAAGCUUACUGUCCUGCCCUCUCUCCUUGUGUGAGCUGCUUUUCCAACACUACCUCCCUCCAAGAGAUGAUGACGAAAAGCAGGCCAUUGUGGACUACCUCUUCUCUAACCCAGAGCAAAGCUGUUGGGUGCUGGACGGCUAUGAUGAGUUUCAUGGAAAACUCACAAAACAAGAGGUGCAGGGCGAGCUGUGGGACCCCAAAAAACGACUACCUGUUGCUGAUCUCAUCUCAGGACUUUUAAAUCGUCAACUUCUUCCAGGGUGUACUGUGGUGGUCACCUGUCGGGUACGUGACGUCAUGGAUUUAGAAGGCCUAUCAGAUAAAGUGGGGCAGCUGCUGGGCUGGGACUGCCUACAAAUCAAGGAAUAUGUGCACAACUUCUUUGGUAUUCAAGGGCUCUCAGAAAACAGAAGUCUCACAGUGCAGGCUUCAGAUCUCCUUCUCUCCAAUCGACACCUCCUUGCAAUGUCAUCUCUCCCAGCCCUGUGCAACAUCUGCUGCAUCUGUGUGCAACAUUUACUGCUAAAAGACAGAGAGCCAGAAGAGAUGCAGAUGAUUGUUGGAAGUGAAAGUGAGGCAAUUGCAGCUAAAGGAGUAAAGGCUACAGAAGAAAAAACAGGAGCUGACAGUGGUAGUGGAGGGAGUGAGGCUGGAAGGAAAGACCAUGGAGGCAGAAGAGGAGGAAGUGUCGACAAAAUGAUGGAUGUAACAAAUGGCAGAGCUCAGUUGCCUCUCACUCAAGUCCAGAUCCCCUCCACCCUCACACAGGUCUACCUCACUGCUCUGUGUGCAUAUCUGAGCCGUGACCCUGAGAAGAAAGAAGAAAGAAAUCAUACAGACAGCAACACAAGACUUCUGCAGAGUGUUGCUUUCACACUGAGUCAUUACCAGUCUGAAGUGUGUGAGCUGAGUCGUGUGGCCUGGAAAGGUUUGGAGGACAGUAAAAUCUUGUUCAUGGAAGAAGACAUUCCCCAACAUUUAAUGGAGUUGUCCAUUAGGACGGGGCUCCUUUCAAAGAUUGCGGCCAGACAUGAGGAUGGUAUACCAAUGAACUCCUACUUCUUUAUGCAUCUAACAUUACAAGAGUUUUUGGGGGCUGUCAGAAUCAUGACCAGUCAGGAUGUUAGCGAUACCCAGCUCAAGAAGAGAUUCAGUCUCAAAACUCGUUGGACAACCAAGUCAGACCAGAGAACGGUCUUCACUGACUCUGUACACCUGUUUUUAUGUGGUCUGGCUUCCCCUCGGUGCACUGAUGCCUUGGUUCAGUUAACCAGCACAUCUGGAGGAGGUCUAAAGUGGGUCCAAAGUCGUCAAGCUCUUGUCCUCAAACUUCUACAAAACCUAUGUCACAGCAACACACUAACAGGACCAAAGGUUUUGGAACUUUGCCACUGCAUCCAGGAGAGCCAGGACGAGCAGCUGGCUAAGCAGGUUGUGGGUACGAGACCCACCCUGGAACUGCGAAACAUUCGACUUUUACCAAACGACAUUGAUGCUCUUGCCUUUGUUGUUAACUCAGUGGGUGAUACUGGUGUUGGAUUAGACUUUGGAGCAUGCUCAAUGGAGUUGGAGUGUUUGGAUGCCUUGCCCAGUUGUCAGUAUAUUCACCAACUUUGUUUUCGUGGACGCAAGUAUGGAGACAAGCUUGCUGAGAAGUUGUCCACCAUUUUGUCCAAAUUUCCAUCCCUUAGAAAACUAGAGUUUUGUGGUUCCAGUAUGACUGCCACAGGAGCAGCUAUUUUGGCCUCCGCUCUUCAGGACUGUCCGAACAUCACUGAUAUCAAUCUGAGUGACAACAAUCUAAAAGAUAGCGGUAUUGAACACAUCAUUGAUGUUUUUGCCAGCCUACCAAGACUAGUCUCAAUAUUGCUGGGACGAAACAAUAGCUCUCUGAAAGCAGUGUACUACCUCAUCAGGAAAAUGUCCUCAUGUCUGAACAUCCUGCACAUUCAUGCAGAUGGAAUGAAAGACGUGAUGAUAACCUUCUCUCAAAACUCUGGUUUGAGCAGCCAUCACACCGAUUUCUUACCAACAAUCAGCUUGUUGAACCAGAAAUGGAGUAAAAGAGAAAUAAGAGAUUUUGGAAAGUCGUUGGUAUGCUCCCCUGGCGUGUCUGUCCUGGAUCUGUCUGGAGGUCAGUGGAAGGUUGAAUCUCUGAUGAUACUCACUCAGUUUUUGCCAAAGGUCAACAUCACCAAAAAGAUCAUUUUAAAUGAAAGCUGCUCUUCCGUGGAGGGUUUGGUGGUGCUGACUGCUCUGCUGUCCAGUUGUCCUGCUGUGAUGGAACUGCAUGUUAGACUGCAGAGUCCAGUCCUGGUUUCUUUUGUGUUCUCUGAAGGAAGUGACCAUGCUAUGGAUGAAAUAUCUAAAUCCCUGUGUCUCAGCUACUGUGGUCUGAAUUCUGCUCAUCUGGAUAGGGUGUGGCAGAGUUUGGGAGCAUCAUCAGAUCUCACUGUUAUUGACCUGUCUAAUAACAGUUUGGGCAACAAUGGUCUGAAGAAGCUGUUGGACUUCCUGCCUCGUCUUAGAAGCAUCCAGGAGAUCAAUGCCAGUAACAAUGGGAUCACCAUGGGAGGAGUGACCAUGCUGGCAGGUGCUUUGUGCUCCAACCACAACCUAACACAGAUUCACAUCAGGGAAAGAGGCAAAAAUCUGCUGAUCUUGAGGUUUUGUCCUGGUGGAAGUGCUGACAGAAAUCAACCUAAAGUUUUCAGUCUGACCAACAGUAGAUGCCUUCCAAGUGAUGUAAAUACAGUCUGUAGAUGGUUGGUCCAGUGUCCCUCCCCUUUGGAGUUGGAUUUUUCUCACAGCUCACUCACAGAUGAGGCUAUCGAGAACCUGCUGAGGUUCCUGCCAGAGAUGCAGACGCUACAGAGACUCAAUGUCAGCUACAGCAUCCAGUCCACAUCUGGAGCAGUGAUGCUGCUCAGCUGUUUGACUCUUAGUCAGCGAGUGAAGUCAGUGGAUCUCAGGCCUCAGCUUGAAUCCUUCAUUCUUUUCUACAAUGUGAAAGCUGAACAAGCCAGCUGCAGGUUCACUGGAUUUAGCCUGAACAGUGAAAACUAUGAGAGACUGCUCGAGAUCUUCCAGCAGGGUCCCCAACUGUCAGACCUGGAUUUAUCAGGCAACCAACUGGGAGACGAAGAAGUGAAGUAUUUUUUGGACACUCUACCAAGGCUAAAGAUUAUCCGCUAUGUCAAUUUGAGCAGCCACAGCCUGACUCAGCAGAGCCUGGUGGACUUGGUCAACACUUUGUGUGUCUGUGAUAACGUGUCAGGUGUAGAGUUCAGUUUGGAGGACAAGCAGAGGUGUCUCAUCUGGUUCACACAAGAUGAAGGGAGUGAAAAAACUCUAAGUGUCAGAGGAAGCUGUUUGGAGCGUGACCUUCUGCUCAGAUUAGCAACAGUGGUGUCUGUUUGUCCCAGGCUGACUAAACUGGAGCUCAGAAACAACUCUCUAGACUCUGACUGGAUUGCAGACUUGGUAAAACUUGUGAGCAGCAGCCAGAGAGGGCUCUCUUUGAGUAUUGAGGAGAGUUGGAUCAGAGCUGAGGAGGCUGUGGGUUUACUGUGUAGCUGUCUGGAAAUGUGCAACAACAUACACAGCAGCAGGGUUUACCAGAGGACCCUACAGCUGCUUUUGAAGAAGGCUUCUCAACUCACCUCUGUCAGUCUUGUGGACUGUGCAGUACAGGGUUACCAACUUGAACCUCUGAGAAGCAUCAUUCAGAGGUUUCCUUCAUUGACAGAGCUGGAUCUUUCUCACAACUACCUGGGUUGCGAGGGAGCAGAGUUUCUUUCUGCCAUCUUGCCCUCAGUGCCAAACCUCACUUCUCUCAGUAUUUGUUCUAAAGAGACAUGUGUCGAUGUGGCUGAGAAGAUCUCACAGACUUUGCUCCAGACUCCAGCCAUUCAGUGUUUGAAUCUAUCCAGUCAUGUUUUUAGUGACGCAGCAGCUCAUUCUAUAACAAGAAUAUUGCCUCAUCUACGAUCUCUAAAUCUGUCUCACUGCCAGUGGACAGAGGCUGGAGGGCUGCAGCUCAUCAUAGCUCUGAGACAGUGUGUCAGUCUGGAAAGCCUUUGUCUGGACUCUUUGCAGCUUAAUGAGAAGAGCAGGGUGUGUCUGGUGCAAUCACUGAGGACAGUCAACUCUAUACGUGUUCUCAAGUUGAAUAAGGUUACUAAUACAGAUGAUGGAUUAGAUCUCCUUACUGCUAUGGAGGAACUUACACAUAUGGAAGAGAUUGAGUUGGAGGGAUGGAGGAUGGCUGAUAGAGGAGUAGAGCAGCUGACCAGACUCUUUCCUCUCUGGAGGAAGCUUAGGAAGAUCAGUCUGUCGGAGAACCUGAUCAGCGAUCAGUCAGGAGACAAACUGCUGGAGGUUUUGAAUGUCUGUCAGCACCUGGAAGAGCUUCAUCUAUCUCGUAACCAUCUGGGUGACCUUACAGCUGCCAGGAUGGCCCUCGUUUUCCCAUCACUGACACACAUCACCGUGUUGGAUAUUUCAGAAAAUCAAAUUGGAUAUGAAGGGUCAGUAAGUCUGUCCAGAGCGAUAAUGUGCCUGAAAAACCUCACCAGGCUGCAUCUGACCUCGGUUGGGACUCCAGAGCUGUGUGCUGUAGCUGCCAGUCUGGCCCAUUGUCCCAACAUACAAGUUGCUGGUUUUGGAUGGAAUAACUGUGGAGAUGACGUGGCAGAGGAGCUGGCAAGAGUGAUACCUCCUUGUCAGAAGCUGACUAUAAUCGAUCUGGAGUCAAACAGUGUGAGUGUUACAGGAGCAGAAGCCCUGGUCAGAACCUUAGAGUCAUGUCCUGCUCUGCAGCUCAUCAGGCUGUGGAGGAACAAAAUCUCUGCCAGUGAAGCACUGAGGCUCAGUCUCAGGGACAAAAGGCUGAAUUUUUCUUCCACAUGAUGUGAUCUGUAUCACAUUUCACUCUGUCAGAAUCUGCUGGUAAAUCACUGCCACUGUGCAGGCAUGGUUCAACUGGAAACUCAGUCGUUUUCCCGGCAGUAUCGCUACAAGAAAAGCAUUGAAAAUCAGACAAAACCUUUACCAUUUCUGUAUUUGAUAUUUGCUGCAGAUGUUACUUUAUGUAGCUGCUAAAAGAGUAAUAUGUGUUCUGCUACAGAAGAGAAGUAAUAUUGUUAUAUAGUGUAUAUAUGUACAAAAAGUUGGCUCUUUAGCCACAUGGUUUUACAACGCUAAAAGCUACUUUCAAGUAACUUUUGGUAUGUACAGAUAAGAAAGUGAAAAUUCUUCAAGGUACUGUAUCUGAAAAUAUGUUUGAGCUUUAUACAUGAGUAAGUAUGGACUAUUUGGCCUCUGAUUUCAUGGUUUGGUCCUGCAUGAUCAGCUGACAGCGUGGCAGCUGCUGUUGGUGAAACAAACAGAAAGACUGUUCCAUGUACGCACAUGAACAGAUGUUUGGCAGAACCAGCGACUCGUAGCAAAAUGAGGCUGUAUGAGACACUUACCUUCAAGAUCUAUUAUAUUUAAUUAUUAGCUUCAGCCAAAUAAGAGGGAGCUCAGGGAAGAAGUUAAAUUUUGUCAAAUAUAUUGUAAGUAGACAGAAGGAUAAUUCUAAAAGCUCAGUCUAUCUCAUAGACCUGGGUUAGUAUUAGUCUCAGUGUUAGUACAGCUGUCUCUCAUCACACUGUCACCACUCAUCCUGCCAGCAUGCGCCGCCAUGACCCCAGAGGUCAGUUUAUUAGCAAUCCAAGAAGCACUUCUGUGAGAAAACACUAGCUGUUUGUGUAAAGACUCUACUUCGACGUUAUCUGUACUGUUAUGUGUUUACAAUAAGGAGAGGCCACAUGAGCUAAAACACAAUAAAUCAUAAACACAGAAAUGUAGGAGAAGCAGGUUUCCCCUCCAAGGUUGUGGUCUCUAUCCAUUGUACGUAUUUAUUUCUGCUGUCAUCAAGGAAGAAAUCACCAAGUUAUAAGUUAUUUAUUAAGCUAUUUCAAACUGUUCAUGAAUCAUGUAAAACUUCAUCAGGCAUGUUUAGUCAGUGUUCAAUAAAACCUUGUACAUACAUUACAAUCUCUCCAGAAACAACUGAUGCUGGUGAGGACAGAAAUUUUUUGUGGCAGCUAAUUCAGUUGUGCUUUGUAAUGUUUGUUUUUGAGUUGUCUUUGACAUGUUUGCUCUGUAUCUCACACAUUUAUUUUGAAUUGCACUGAGGUUGAAGAUUGGAAGCAAUAAAGAACAGCUUUGUGUUUUGG